GUUAUAUAUGCAGCUUCCUGCUCUUCGUCGUUCCUUUUUUUUGUUCUCUCUCUCUCUUCUAAUUUACCCAUUCUUCUCCUAUUUCUAUUUUGCCUACUCUUUCCUUCUGUUCUCUAACAAAAAUUCAGUCCUUCGCUGUUCACUUUGACUUCGAUUCUACCUACCCCUUACGCCACCACUAUGUCUGCUCGUCCUCAGAACAUUGGUAUCAAGGCCAUUGAGGUCUAUUUUCCCAAGCAAUGUGUUGAACAAACCGAAUUGGAAAAGUUCGAUGGUGUCAGUGAGGGCAAGUACACAAUUGGUUUGGGACAGACGAAAAUGAGCUUCUGUGACGACCUUGAGGACAUAUACUCUGUCGCUCUGACCACCCUCUCCUCCCUCCUCCGCAAGUACAGCAUCGACCCCGAAUCGAUCGGUCGUCUCGAGGUCGGUACUGAGACUCUCUUGGACAAGUCCAAGUCUGUCAAGUCAGUUUUGAUGCAGCUUUUUAAAGAAAGCGGAAACUUCAACGUUGAGGGUGUCGACAACAUCAAUGCUUGCUACGGAGGUACCAACGCUGUCUUCAACAGCAUCAACUGGCUCGAGUCUUCUGCCUGGGAUGGAAGAGAUGCCGUGGUUGUGUGCGGUGACAUUGCUUUAUAUGCCGAGGGAAAUGCUCGCCCUACUGGUGGUGCUGGCUGCGUUGCCAUGCUUAUUGGUCCUGAUGCUCCUAUUGUCUUCGAGCCUGGUCUCCGCGCUUCUUAUGUCACCCACACCUACGAUUUCUACAAGCCCGAUCUCACCAGCGAAUACCCCGUCGUUGAUGGCCAGUUUUCCCUUCAGUGCUAUACUGAGGCUAUUGAUGCUUGCUACAAGGCCUACGCCGCUCGUGAGAAGACGCUGAAGGAGAAGGUCCAGAAUGGAACCAACGGUGUGGCCCACGAUGUGACCAAGACUCCCUUGGACCGCUUUGACUAUAUUUUGUUCCACUCGCCCACCUGCAAACUAGUUCAGAAAUCUUACGGUCGUAUGCUCUACAACGAUUUCCUCGAGGACCCCACCCACCCCGCUUUCGCUGAAGUCGCCCCUGAGCUGCGCGGUUUGGACUACAGCAAGUCUCUUACCGACAAAAACGUGGAGAAGACUUUCAUGGGCCUGACCAAGAAGCGCUUUGCUGAACGUGUGAGGCCCAGCCUUGACGUUGCUACCCUUUGCGGUAACAUGUACACUGCCACCGUCUACGCUGGUCUGGCCAGUUUACUCAGCAACGUCACCUUUGACCCCAGCGAGCCUAAACGCAUUGGACUCUUCUCCUAUGGCAGUGGUCUCGCUGCUUCUAUGUUCAGUGCGAAGAUUGUUGGUGACGUGUCUUACAUGACUGAGAAGCUCGACCUCCACAACCGCCUCAAUGCCAGAAGCGUCUUGGCCCCUCAGGCUUAUGUUGAUAUGUGUGCCCUGCGUAAGCAAGCUCACCUGAAGAAGAACUUCAAGCCUUCUGGUAACACGGAGAUGCUCUUCCCCAACACCUACUACCUUACUGAGGUGGACGACAUGUUCCGCCGCAAGUAUGAGGUUAAGGCAUGAAUAAUGGCUAGCGCUUGACAUUUCUUUGGACAUGAUCGGUUUCCUCUUCUUUUUCUUAUUCCAUUUUACUCCUUUUUUAGAUGAUUCUUUAGAUUCCCCUCAUCACCAUAUUGUCGUGUUUGGUUGCCUUGAUAGAGCUGGAGAGCUGGGUCAUACCUGCCGGCUGUCUCAUCGGUCGAUUGUUAUUAUAUUGCCUGAUCUGGGUUUUAGGAGAUAUCCAGAAAGGAAAGCAAUUUUUUCGGUUUUUUAAGAGCUAGCAUGAUGACGAUGCUGCUCUUUACCCCGAAAUGUCGCUUGAAUGCUUCCGGGUUGAUGAGAAAAUUUUAUUACUUAACAUAUUAAUCAAUUUAUUACAUAUGGUACAAAA